UUAACAGUUAUUAAGCGUUUACUCUGGGCCUGGCUUUUAGGCUUGAGGUCUCUUUCAAGCCUCGCAUCAGCAGCCCCACCUCCGGGAGCAGCGCCCCCGCAUCCCUCAGGCUCUAGCCUGCGGUACUGUUUUCUGCCAGAAGAGGCACUGCGGGGCGGUGCCCAUCCGUUCCCACAGCUCCGGGAAGACCCGGGCAGAGGAGGCUUAGCCCCCUCCCCUCCCGCUUCUUCUGCCUCGUCCUCCUCCUCGUCCUCUCCUCGUCCUCCUCCUCGUCUUCCUCCUCGUCCUCCUCCUCCUCGUCCUCCUCCUCCUCCUCCUCCUCCUCCUCCUCCUCCUCCUCCUGCUCCUCCUCCUCCCCGUCCUCCUCUUCUUCCUCCUCCGGGUCUGAGGGCGGCGGUCUCCGACUCAAGACCCUGGGGCUCCGGGUCUUCUCAGCAGCCGCCGCAACAGCCGCGGCGACGUCACUGUCCUCGCGGCCUGGCACACAGCGCUCCGACCGCCGAUGCCCGUGGACGCGCAUCUCUUCCCAGAGUUCCUGCUUCCUGGGCCAGCCAAAGCCGCAGGGACUUGGAUGAAUCUGGAAACCAUCAUUCUCAGCAAAAGGACACAAGAACAGAAAGCCAAACACUGCAUGUUCUCACUCAUAGAGAACACCUCAGGGUCUUGCCUGCUGUGAGUGCCUUGAAGAGGGAGCAGCAGGCACAGCCAAAGAGACACCUGGCUCAAGGACUGAGAAGGAGUAUGGCUGCCCCUCCCAAAGCUCCCAUCCGUGUCAGGAAUUUUACCAUCAGAGCAGGAGUUCUCACUGGCAAGGAGAACAACAUGCUGCAGUCUGAGAGCCACAUCUUCACAGCCCCCGAGGAAGGGAGCUCCCAAGGGGCUCUGCUGCUUGGCCAUGCCCCAGAAACUUUGUCUCUGCCCCGUACUCCAGUGACCUUGGAGCAGCAACUGGUUUCUCCUUCUGGGGAUCCCCACAGGGCCCCUGCCCUGCCCAGCAUAUGCUCAACUCUGAUCCUCCAGCCCUGUGCCACCCUUGACCCUCUUCUACUGCAGCCACAGGUCUCCAAAGUCUCUGACCAGGCUUUGGUUUCUGCCUACUCAGAGUGGCAGCGGAAGCUGGAGGCUGCUGAGGCUCUGCUGACUCUGAGAAACUCUGCCCAGGCCCCUCCUGACUCCAUCUCCCUGCACCAGCCCUGCAACCCACCAGCUCCUGCUGGAGAUAAAGGAUUCCAGCCUCCCAGCCCCUCUCUCCGCCCCAGGACAGCCAGCUCCAUCUCGCUGCCUAUUGGACAUCUGGGAUGCAUCUCCCUCUUGAGCUAGGAACCCAGAGGAGGAGGCCUCAAUAGAGCACUGCCUACUUGGUAUCCAGUUUCUGAAUGUGCAAAAUGGUAAUGUCCAAAACGCUUAACAUCUUUUUUUAGAGCCUUCAGGUGUUUUAUAAGCUUUUUAUUAUAUGGGGCGAUUCCUUUGCUGAGGGUGGAUAUUCUCGUAUGUCUAUCCCUUACUCUUUUGGAUGCUGGGCCCUUUUUCUGUCUCACAAGGACAGGAUUGUGCAAUAUAAGUUGAUCAGUCUCUCAGUGGGGUUCUGUGUGAGUUCAUAUGCCAGAGUUUUUAUUCGUCUUGUGAUUGUUGACAUACCUGUGCACUUAUGUGUGUACCCAUGCAUGUGGAAACAUGAAGAUGUUUUCACUUUGUGUCUAGGUUUAUGUACGUGAACAAAUAAUAAACCCUCGUUGUUAUAAGGCA